ACAUCGGUAGCAUUACACACCUCCUUGCUUUCUUACAUACAUCGAAACCAGCCAAAGCCAACGGAAACAUCUCUUUUUGAGAACAUGCCAAGAGAUCGUGACCCUUUGGUUGUUGGGAGAGUCAUCGGCGACGUCGUUGACCCAUUCUCGAGGUCAAUUUCGAUUAGGGUUACUUACUCCACCAAGGAAGUUAACAAUGGUUGUGAGCUCAAACCCUCUCAGGUUGUAAAUCAACCAAGAGUCGAGAUUGGUGGGACCGAUCUUCGAACCUUCUUCACUUUGGUUAUGGUGGAUCCUGAUGCUCCUAGCCCUAGUGAUCCUAAUCUUGGGGAAUACUUGCAUUGGUUGGUGACUGAUAUUCCAGCUACAACAGGUGCAACCUUUGGGCAAGAGAUAGUAUGCUAUGAGAGUCCAAGACCAACGGUGGGGAUACAUCGAUUCGUGCUAGUCUUGUUUAGACAACUUGGAAGGCAAACAGUGUACGCACCAGGUUGGCGUCAGAACUUCAAUACAAGAGACUUUGCUGAGCUUUACAAUCUUGGCUUACCAGUUGCCGCUGUUUAUUUCAAUUGUCAAAGGGAAAGUGGUUCUGGUGGAAGGAGAAGAGUCCAAGAUGAUUAUUAAUUAACUUAUAAUUAAACCCACUUUUUACGCAAUAUCACAUUAUUAUUAUUGUUGAAAAAAUAUAUUUAUACAUUUGCAAACAUAAGCUCACUUCAACCGACACCUAUAUCUACUUAAGACGAGAGGUCUUCAGAAGAAAAAAAA